AGCUUGGAUAUUUAAGUAGAUGUUUGAUUGCUCUGGUCUAGGGGUGUGCAUCAGUUGCAACGCCGAGACUGGAAUUCUCUUGCGGCCGGAAACCCCCGAAUCCUUAUCUUAACAUUGUGACAACAUAGUAACUGCGCUGUAGCCUACACAUUUAUUUUAUUUAGUAAGAAACGCUGAAUAAACAAUAGCUUCCGCGAUGAAUCCGGACAAAGCUAGCCCGUUCCCCUCUACCCUCACGGAGUCCCCGGGUCAAACGCCUCCCGGGACCGCUUUACUGCUGCGUCUGGUCGACUGCAGGAAAACACCGGGGCAGAGUGGAACUGAGAGAGGAGGAGAAGAGAAGGAAGAGGGAGAUUUGAUUUCAUUAAGCUACAGCACAAACCUUUGCUCUCUCAGUGGGAGGGGCUUAUCUGGAGAUCCUAAACAACAACGUGAUGCUGACAAGACGUCUCUCCAGAAGAGUCUCUUCAGAUCAGAACGUCUCAGUAGCUGUGAUCAGUGUGGGAAGAGCUUCAAACAAUCACAACAUCUGAUUACACACCAACAAAUACACACAGGAGAGAAACUUUAUAGCUGUGAACAGUGUGGGAAGAGAUUUGCUGUAUCAGGAAUCCUGACUACACACCAGCGCUUACACACAGGAGAGAAGCCUUAUAGCUGUGAUCAGUGUGGGAAGAGCUUCAAUCAUUCAGGACACCUGACUACACACCAAUGCAUACACACAGGAGAGAAGCCUUAUAGCUGUGAUCAGUGUGGGAAGAGCUUCAAUCAAUCAGGAGCCCUGACAAUACACCAACGCAUUCACACAGGAGAGAAGCUUUAUAGGUGUGAUCAAUGUGGGAAGAGUUUCAGGACGUCAGGACAACUGACUACACACCAACGCAUACACACAGGAGAGAAGCCUUAUAGCUGUGAUCAGUGUGGGAAGAGCUUCAAUCAAUCAGGGACCCUAACUACACACCAACGCACACACACAGGAGAGAAGCCUUACAGCUGUGAUCAAUGUGGGAAGAGCUUCAGGAAUUCAGGACACCUGACUAUACAUCAACGUAUGCACACAGGAGAGAAACCAUAUAGCUGUGAUCAGUGUGGGAAGAGUUUUGCUCGAGAUUUCAACCUGACUAAACACCAGCUCACACACACUGGAGAGAAACCUUACUCUUGUCUAUGUGGAAAGAGCUUUGCUCAUUCAGAGUCACUGAAAAAACACCAGAAAGUCCUUUCCUCUCUGGCACCGGUUCAAGAUCCCUAAAUAAAGUUUCAAUA